CCAACACUUCCCUCCAAGAAAUGCAAAAAGGAAAAAUGGAUUUCAGGGAAAAAAAAUACGUUUCAACACUUGACCAAAUAUGAGAGACAAAAAAGAAGAAACUGGCUCUUCUUCAAAGAUUCUACAACAACAAAUGCAGAAAGUGUGGGCUAACAGACUCCUGUGAAUGCUGGGAAGGGAGAAACCCCCAUGGUCAGCAUAGAUACUGUUGUAUUUUGAAAGAUGCUCAGGAGGACUGACAAGCGUUUCUGCUAUGGUAAAGUAGCUGAAAUUGAGAAAAGGAUUAGAGAAGCUUUUGAGGUGUUUGACCGGGAAAGCAAUAAAACUGUGGAUGCCAGAGAUAUUGGUUGCAUUGUCAGGUCACUGGGUUGCUUCCCAAGUGAGGCAGAACUACGUGAACUGCUUGCAAAGUUAGUAGGAGAAGUAGAAGAUGAAGAAGCAACCAGAUUCAUUCAUAUGGAAAAAUUUCUUCCAGUGAUGACAAAAGUACUACUUGACAGAAGCUACUGGCCUAUUCGAGAAGAUGUUCUUCUACAUGCAUUUGAGGCUUUGGAUGAGAAUAAAUGUGGAUAUAUUACUAAAGAGGACCUGGUCAAAUAUUUGACUGAAGAAGGUGAGCCCUUUACUGAGGAAGAAAUGGAGGAAAUGCUCUCCGUUGCUCUAGAUCCAGAAACAGAUACUCUUCACUACAGAGACUACCUUUCAAAGUUGGUAGUAGAUGAAACUAAGAUCUUCCCCUUUCAUGUUUGAGAUGCCUUUUGGUAGCAAGAGUGAGCUUGGCACAUAGUUGAAAUAUGUAUUUUAAAGUAUAACAAAUCUCAGCUUGUGACUUGCUGCUUAUAAUUAAAAUAAAAUCUGUGAAGUUA